AUGCCGACCACAUCAAAUAUAAAUAUAUCCACAGUGAUAAGAUGGUUAUUUUACCUUGUCCCGAUAUAUAUCUUUUUAAUAGCACCAGGUAUCCGCGCAUUAUUUCCAGCUACAGAGCAGCAAACAAAAGAAGCGAAUCCCCUAUUCGGCCGGUUUGAAUUCGAUGAUGAAGCCGACUACGAUCAACUGGUUCCGGGAUUGAGGGUUGAGGAUGACAGCUUUAUAAGCCCGGAAGAAAACUUGGAUCAACUCAAUUGUCGCGAGGAUGAUUACCGGGUGCAUAUCUUUUCGCACAAGCCGUUGAUUUUAUACGUUGAGAAUUUCUUUACAGACGCCGAGGCCGACCAUCUUAUUGCAGUCAGUGAAAGUAAAUGGUCCCCAUCCAUCAUCACCGACGGAACCACCGAGCGAGUCGACUCCUCCAUCCGUCGCUCGGAUCGCGCCCUCCUCGACCGCGAUGAUGUCGUCCGAUGCGCAGAAGAACGCGCUCGAUCCUUUCAGGGCUGGCGACCGUGGCUAUACAUUGAGCGCAUGUGGACUCAACGGUACAAUGUCUCAGGCCAUUAUCGUCAUCACUACGACUGGAGGGGAUCGGCGGCGCAUCGAGGCGGUGAUCGCCUGAGCACGUUUAUGGUCUAUCUAGACGCGAACUGUACGGGUGGAGGGACUAAUUUUCCGCGUUUGAGGGUGCCGCGGAAUCGUCAAUGGUGUCGGUUUAUUGAAUGUGAUGGCGAUAGGACCAGUGGAACUGCUUAUGAGGGUGUCACGUUCAAACCAAUCAAGGGGAAUGCUAUUUUCUGGGAGAAUCUACGGCCUGAUGGCACGGGAUAUCCGGAGACGUGGCAUGCGGCGCUUCCGGUUUUGUCGGGAACAAAGGUUGGCUUGAAUAUUUGGAGUUGGUAUCAGCCUCCUGUGCGGAAGGAUAGGAACUAG